CAUCUUAUAAAAAUUGUCUAUCGACGUCAGUCAGUAGAACGGUAGAGGUGCAGAGCAGUCAUUCAAACAUCAGGGCCAUCAGUGCUCAUGAGUCAUUAUUUUAUCAUAAACUAUAUCGGCUGCGACUAGAAACAGACAAAACUAAAAAACAGUUAAACAAGCCAACAAGUGUUUACAGCAGCUGACUUCAUUUAAACUCACAAAAGUUUUUGUUUUUAAUUAUUAAUUGGUGAAAUUUAAUUAAUUAUACAACAAUGAACGGAUACGGAUACGGUCAAGGACCACAAGGACCACCACAAGGACAAAAUCCAUCAGGCAUGCCAUAUCCAUACGGCAAUGAAUCAACACCAUAUCCAAAUCAACCAGGGGUAUAUCCAGGUCAACCAACACCGUAUCCAAAUAAUUCAGCUCCGUAUCCAAAUCAUCAGGUAGCUCCAUAUCCAAAUCAUCAAACAACUCCAUAUCCUGGUCAGCAGUCAACUCCAUAUCCAAGUCAUCAAACAGCUCCGUAUCCAGGUCAACCACCACAAACACAAUCAACUCCAUAUGCAAAUUAUCCAUGUGCAUAUCCACAACAAGCAACUUCAUAUCCUGGUCAAGCAAUGUCACAACCACCUCAACAAGCAUAUCCACCUCAGGCAUCUCACCAGGAAUAUUACGGCGGUGUUCCAAAUCCAAUGGCACAAACACCACCAUUCCAUCCACCGUAUGCUCAACAAUCAACAACUUGUCAAGCUAGUACAUUUACAACAACCACACAAAAUGUUAUUAGAUUAACACCAACUGUUGUACAUGAUCCAAAUUUCAAUGCUUCUAAAGAUGCUGAAGUUUUACGUAAAGCAAUGAAAGGAUUUGGAACAGACGAAAAAGCAAUUAUAUCAAUAUUGAGUAAUCGCAAUAACCAACAUAGACAACAUAUUGCAGAAAGUUUUAAAACACUUUAUGGAAAAGAUUUAAUAAAAGAUCUUAAAUCUGAGAUAUCUGGUAAAUUUGAGGAUUUAAUUGUUGCAAUGAUGACACCAAUUGUUGAUUAUUAUGUCAAAGAAAUCCAUGACAGCAUUUCGGGAAUUGGUACAAAUGAAGAUGUACUUAUCACCAUUCUUUGCACAUUGAAGAACCAGGAUAUCCAUCAAAUAUGUUCAAAUUAUAAAAACAAAUAUGGCAAAUCAUUGGAGAGUGAUAUACGUGGUGAUACAUCAGGCCAUUUUGAGAGAUUAAUGGUAUCAUUGUGUAAUGGUCAACGUGAUGAGAGUGGACAUACUGAUAUAAAUGCUGCAAGAUCUGAUGCAACAAGACUUUACAGUGCUGGAGUUGGUUGCUUGGGAACAGAUGAGUCUGAAUUCAACUCUAUUCUUGCUCAACGAAAUGUACACCAGUUGAGAUUAGUUUUCCAAGAAUACUCUAAACUAUCUGGCCAUGAUAUAUCAACUGCAAUUGAUCGUGAAUUUUCUGGGCAUAUUAGAAAAGCCCUUCUUACAAUUGUGGAAUGUGUCCAAAAUAGUGAUUUGUAUUUCGCUGAGCAAUUAAACAAGUCUAUGUCUGGAAUAGGAACAGAAGACCAGAAAUUAAUUUUCAUCUGUAUUACACGUUCUGAAGUUGACAUGGGAGAUAUUAAAAAAGCCUUUCAUCAAAAAUAUGGAAAAACUCUUGAAAAACGCAUAUCAGAGGAUACAUCUGGUCAUUACUCAAAAUGUCUUAUCGAGCUCAUUAGCUAAACACUUGAAAUCAUCAAAUAUAUAUUCACUAAAAUCUAUAUGUAAAAUUAUCUUAUUAAUUUUUAAUUUUCCAAAUAAAAUAAAAACACAUAAAUAAUAAAUUUGAAGUCUAUAACAAAUAUAUGUUCAAGAAAAUUGAUGUUGUUCAAAACUAAUCUUCCUGCUGAUAGAUGAUCAAUACUUUUCUUAAAUAAACAUAUUUUUGUAUGACCAAAAAUAAAUGUUUGAAGUUACAUGUUUUAUUCAUUUAUCAGUAUUGUUUACCUGAAUUUCUUCUCCAAUCUUUUUAAUUUAUAAUUGUGCAUUUAAACUCACAGAAGUAUUCACUUUUGAUUGCAAAUUGGUGGAGCUUAAUUGAUUAUACAUCAUCAUUACUGACCUACAGUCAAGUAAGAUUUUUAACAAUAAAAAUAUCUAUACUUCUAAUUUCUUCUAUGUGUUAUAAAGAAAAUUUAUAUAUUUGAAAAUUAUUAUAAAAUUUAAUCAUAUAGAUAUUUAUUUUUCUUUCGAUAUUUUUAAUGUUUAAAAAUUAAUUUUAAAUCAAAUGGUAUACUUUUAUUGACAAAAUUCAUCAGGCAUGCCAUAUCCAGAAAAGUUUUUUUUAUUCGAUAAAAAUCAUAUUUGUUUUGAAUCUGUUUUUACUAACGAUUGUAAAAAAAAAAAAAUACAAAAAAAAAAGUUUUUUUUUUAUUUAUUUACCUAUCAACAAAAUCUGCGAGUGAUAAAAAAUAACAGUUUACUCAAAUUCGAAUAGAAUAUUUUUUAUUUUUGUUUAAGAUUGAAAAAAAAUUUUUAUUUAAUGGAGAGUCGAUUAUAUUUGAUAUACUCUUUUCGGUCACUAUGUUACAUGAUUUAAAAAUUGUCUCAAAGAGCUUGAACCCUAGAAAUUAUAAAACAUCUUCACUGAAAUCAAUAUGUAGAAAUAUUUUAUUCGUUUUUAAUUUUGUGAAUGAAAUAAAAUAAAAUUAAUAAA